AUGUUGGAAGCGGAGCUCGACCUGAUGGAGUUCUCCGAUGGUCAGGACUCACACCUCCAGCACAUCACCAACAUGGAGGCAGGGACUGGUCCUGAUGGUGGUCUGAUAAGCAGAUGUUGGUCUGAUGUGAGGGAUCAUCCUGCUGCAGGGAUGGAUACAGAGGUCUCAGGACCCCCGGUGACCUCUCCCCUCGCAACCACCCAACCUAUCGACCUGUCAAUUGCCCCCGAGGAUCACAGUCUGGUGAUACCAGGACACAAGACCCCGGCCUAUUUUGCGGAGGUCCCGGGGUUUGUGUGGGCGGGACUGGGAGGUGAAAGGAGUCCGACUAAGGUGCCCGUCAACAGCCGUGCGUCCUCACAGGUCCCAGGUCAGAGGUUCUCUGCAAGAGUUUGCUUGGAGAAGAGGUUCAACACGAUGUCUGCUGACCUCCAGAGACAGAGGGAAGUUCAGUCAGCAGCUGUCUCCCAUUUUGUAACGAUUCUCCAGCUGCCUGGACAUGCUCAGAAGACCUUCUGCCCACACAUGCAGACGUGGAUAAAGACCGAAGGAGCGAGUCUCUUAGGGGUUUCCAGCCCAUCCAAAGCCGGGGGGGUAUUUAACCCUGUCACUACCAUGUGUGCUCAGGUGGUUGACCAUUCUCGUCACACUGUUGAUCCCAACAAGCACCAAGAUGCUGUGAUGUCACCUGCUUUGACCAGGAAGUGGGGUUACAGGAGCAGACAGAGGGUCCGACCCAGUCUGUCACUGAUCCAGAGGAGAGAGAGACACAACAGUAUCGAGAGGGAACGCAGAAAGAUGAUUCGUCUAUACUGCGACAAGUUGAACAUGCUGGUGCCAUUCUGCCAGUCGGGCACGGAUAGAGUCACCACCCUCCAGUGGACCACCGCCUUCCUGGUGUACAUCAACAAGAUGCAUGGAGACACCUUCAAAAAGGAGUUUCAGAAAUCAUUCAAUGACGCGAAAGAACUGUGUCUGAAGUCCAGCUCCUCUUCAGGCUCGGACUCUCUCAAGCAGGAGAGAGAGAAAUAG